UUUUUCUUUCUCACUAGACCGACUGUACUUAGCCGUAGAGCUCGGUAGAAAGUCCUCCUUCAGUGCAAACCGUCCGCCGAUACGGCUGCCGGAACCUAAUCGAUCCAGUUUUAGCUUGACCGGCGAUCGCAGACGCUUAGCCUUUUCUUUGAAGUAUUGAGAAUGGACACUGAAUUUUCUGGGUUUUGCUUUUCUUUGUUCCUGGCAGUGAUUCAUCUCUUGUUUCUUCAGGGAUUUGUUGAUGCUGCCUUAAUACACAUUGGUCAGUUUGAAGGUCUUCUGCGCUAGAGAGAGAUGGAUCGCCACCACCACCACCCUUCAAGUUCAACAUUUGAACAGUACUAUCGUUGUUACCCUGUCGCUUUUCUGGAUAAGCCGCAUCUGGAGAAAGGAAACAAAGUUAUCAUGCCACCCUCGGCUCUUGAACGUCUUGCAUCCCUUCAUAUUGACUACCCAAUGCUCUUUGAACUCCAUAACCCUUCUACUGAACGAGUCACACAUUGUGGAGUUCUCGAAUUCGUUGCAGAAGAGGGUUUGAUCUACUUGCCAUAUUGGAUGAUGGAGAACAUGCUCCUGCAAGAGGGAGAUCUUGUGCAGCUGAGAAAUGCCAGCCUGGAAAAGGGAACUUAUGUCAAGCUGCAGCCACACUCCACAGAGUUCUUAGAUGUCUCCAACCCCAAAGCAAUUUUGGAGACUUCCUUGAGGAAUUACUCUUGUUUGACGACCGGCGAUACCAUCUUGGUUGCAUACAACAACAAGAAGUAUUACAUCAAUAUAGUGGAGACAAAACCCUCUGCUGCAGUUAGCGUUGUGGAAACAGAUUGUGAAGUAGACUUCGCUCCACCUCUUGAUUAUAAAGAACCUGAGAAACCGGCGCCUCCUUCAAAGGCCAACAAGGCCCCACCUGAAGUUCUAGAGGAGGAGCCAGCGUUAAAGAAGUUUAAUGCAUUUACUGGUUCGUCGAGACGACUUGAUGGCAAACAGUUAGCAGAACCAGCUGUGAAUUCUAUUGUCGAAAAAUCUCAGAAAGAGGUCAAAGAAAUCAGCAUUGACUCGAAGUUUUCUUCUGCGUCUGCUUCUGCUCAGCAGUCUGGGAAAUUGGUCUUUGGUGCCAACAAAAAGCGCCCCCGAGAUGAAACCACAAAUAUCCAGCAAAAGAAAAAAAGUCGAGAGCCAGAAAAAGGGGAGCAAGAACCAAAGUUCCACGCUUUCACUGGGAAGAAAUAUACGCUCAAGGACUAAUUUGGAGUUGGCGAUAGUAUUUAACCCAUUAGCGUGAUGUACAAAUUUGUCCCAUGUAAAAGCUGGCUCUUUUACAGUUCAGUUUUUCAGUAUCUUUCCAGUAAAUACUAAAUACAUCCAAGGUUCUUUUAAGUUUAAAGAAGACAGACGUUCAUGGCAACUUCUUGACAUAAUAUAAUUUUUGGAUCACAUUUCACCAUAUUAUCUAAUCAUAUUAUAAAAUAAUAAUCAUAAGUUUGGAUUUUACAUAAGGUUCAACAUGUACUGUAUGCUAGCUUCUAAGAGCAAUAAUUCCUUACAGCUCAAGGAAAGUCGAGCCCUGAGGCUUGUCGACAUAUAUAAACUGCUAAAGACGAA